CGGGCGCGGCGCUCCCAGUCCCCGGGCCCAGCCGCCGAGCGCGCCAUGCACUGCCGGGGCGCCCGCUGCCUGGUUUCUGCAGAGAGCACCCCCAGGCAAAGAGAGUGGCGACCCCAGAUUUAUAGGAAAUGCACAGAUACGGCAUGGUUAUUCCUGUUCUUUCUCUUUUGGACUGGUUUGGUGUUCAUCAUGGGCUACUCGGUGGUGGCUGGAGCAACAGGAAGGCUCCUCUUCGGCUAUGACAGCUUUGGCAACGUGUGUGGCAAGAAGAACUCGCCAGUGGAGGGGGCCCCUCUUUCAGGGCAGGACAUGACCCUGAAGAAACACGUGUUCUUUAUGAAUUCCUGCAACCUAGAAGCGAAAGAUGUGAGGCUCAGCCCCACGGCCCUCUGCGUCUCCAGCUGUCCUGAAGAGCAGCUCGACACCCUGGAAGACGUCCAACGCUUUGCACACUCCAGUGGGUCCUUUCUGUGUGUUUAUAGUUUGAAUUCCUUCAACUACACCCAGAGGCCAAAAGCAGACUUGUGCCCCAGGCUACCAGUUCCGCCAAGCAAGUCUUUUCCCUUGUUUAACCGAUGCAUCCCUCAAACACCUGAGUGCUAUUCCCUAUUUGCAUCCGUUUUGUUAAAUGAUGUUGACACCCUCCAUCGGAUUCUAAGUGGAAUAAUGUCUGGAAAAGAUACAAUCCUUGGCCUGUGUAUCCUCGCAUUAGCCUUGUCUUUGGCCAUGAUGUUUACCUUCCGAUUCCUCACCACCCUUCUGGUUCACAUUUUCAUUUCAUUGGUUAUCUUGGGAUUGUUGUUUGUCUGCGGUGUCUUGUGGUGGCUGUAUUAUGACUACACCAAUGACCUCAGCAUAGAAUUGGACACGGAAAGGGAAAAUAUGAAGUGCGUGCUGGGGUUCGCUAUUGUAUCCACAGUCAUCACGGCAGUCCUGCUUGUCUUGAUUUUUGUUCUCAGAAAGAGAACAAAAUUGGCAGUCGAGCUUUUCCAAGUCACAAAUAAAGCCAUCAGCAGCUCUCCUUUCCUGCUGUUCCAGCCACUGUGGACAUUUGCCAUCCUCAUUUUCUUCUGGGUCCUCUGGGUGGCUGUGCUGCUGAGCCUGGGGACGGCAGGCGCUGCCCAGGUUAUUGAAGGUGGCCGAGUGGAAUAUCAGCCUCUCCUGGACAUUCGGUGUAUGUGGUGGUACCAUUUAAUUGGCCUCAUCUGGACUAGCGAGUUCAUCCUUGCAUGCCAGCAAAUGACUAUAGCUGGGGCAGUGGUGACUUGUUACUUCAACAGAAAUAAAAAUGACCCUCCCGAUCGUCCGAUCCUUUCGUCUCUCUCCAUUCUUUUUUGCUACCAUCAAGGAACAGUCGUGAAAGGGUCGUUUUUAAUCGCUGUGGUGAGGAUUCCAAGAAUCAUUCUCACGUGCAUUUAUAACGCUCUGAAAGAGAAGCGCAGAGCAUCAUCGCGGUGCAUGUUCAGAUGCUGCAACGGCUGUUUCUGGUGUCUUGACAAAUACCUGCGCCAUCUCAACCAGAAUGCAUAUAUUGCAACUGCCAUUAAUGGGACAGAUUUUUGUACAUCAGCAAGAGAUGCAUUCAAAAUCUUGUCCAAGAAUUCAAGUCAUUUUACAUCUGUUAACUGGUUUGGAGACUUCGUCAUUUUUCUAGGAAAGGCGUUGGUGGUGUGUUUCACUGUUUUUGGAGGACUGAUGGCAUUUAACUACAACCGUGCACUCCAGGUGUGGGCAAUCCCUCUGUUACUGGUAGCUUUUUUUGCAUACUUAGUAGCCCAUAGUUUUUUAUCUGUGUUUGAAACUGUGCUGGAUGCACUUUUCCUGUGUUUUGCUGUUGAUCUGGAAACAAAUGAUGGAUCAUCGGAAAAGCCCUACUUUAUGGACCAAGAGUUUUUGAGUUUUGUAAAAAGGAGCAACAAACUGAACAGUACGAGUGCACAGCAAGACAGGAAUUCUUUAAGGAAUGAAGAGGGAACAGAGCUCCGGCCCAUUGUGAGAUAGGUGCCCAGUAGAUAUUUGUACCUGGAAAAAGUUUCCUCUAAGAGCCAUUUACAGAAUAAAAGACAAAACUAUUAGAGAAAAGUUAGAACUAAAAAAAAAAAAAAAGGCAAGACUUGAUAGACUCUAUUCUUUCUUAUUGUUUUUGUCAUUAAUGUUUGACCAGAUUACAAUACUGGAGCCAUAAAAGUUUACAACCUAUUUUUGUACCAAUUAGGACAGACUUUUAAAACCAUGUUUAUAUGUGUCAGUUAAAAAGCACAAUAUAUAAAAACUGCGAUUUGUUUUUAAGGGUACAACCAAUAAACCUUUUUAAGAAAAAGAUUUUGUUAGCAGAAAUCUCUGGAAUAUUGUGAGUAUUAUUGUGGUGUUUUUUGUUUUGUUCUGUUCUGUUCUGUUUUGUUUUUCAGUAGAGAGG